AGCAGAGGCGGAAGCGCGCGGCGGGCGAAACGAAUCGCGCAUAGCAUGAGCAGCGGCGGCGAGCUCGCGCUGAGGCAGGAGUACGUGGUCGGCGAGGAGAUCGGGCGCGGCCGGUUCGGCACCGUCCGCCGCUGCUACGCCGUCGACACGGGGGAGGCCCUCGCGGUGAAGUCCACCCCCAAGGCGCCGCUGCGGGAGGAGGCGGGGGACGCGCUCGACCUCGCGCUCGCCGAGCAGGAGCCCAAGGUGCACCUCGUCGCGUCGGCGCCGGGGCCGGGCGCCAGCCCGCACGUCGUCGCGCUCCGCGCCGCCUUCGAGGACGACUCCGCGGUUCACCUGGUGGUCGACCUCUGCGAGGGGGGAGACCUCUUCUCCCUCGUCUCCGCCCGCGGCCGCCUCUCGGAGCCCGAGGCGGCAGACCUCAUGGCGCAGCUGGCCUCCGCGCUCGCGUCCUGCCACCGCCGCGGGGUGGCGCACCGCGACGUGAAGCCCGACAACCUCCUGUUCGACGGCAGCGGCGUGCUGAAGCUGGGAGACUUCGGGUCGGCGGAGUGGUUCGGGGACGGGCGGCCGAUGACGGGGCUGGUGGGGACGCCCUACUACGUGGCGCCGGAGGUGGUGGCCGGGAGGGAGUACAACGAGAAGGUGGACGUGUGGAGCGCCGGGGUGGUGCUCUACAUGAUGCUCUCCGGGACCGUGCCUUUCUACGGCGCCACCGCCGCGGAGAUCUUCGAGUCCGUGCUCCGCAGCAACCUCCGCUUCCCGCCGCGCGCGUUCGCGUCCGUCUCGCCGGAGGCCAAGGACCUGAUGCGCCGCAUGCUCUGCAAGGACGUCUCCCGAAGGUUCUCCGCUGACCAAGUCCUAAGUACGCAGCCAUCCUCUUCUUCUCGUUUCGCUCCAGUUUCCGCCGCCACACGCUACGCUGGGCAUCCUUGGAUCGUGAGCCGUGGAGGAACUGUCGCGAUGGGCUAGCUCGUCCAUCCAUCCAUCUGUACAUAGCUUUCUUCGGUGAAGGAGUUCUUGGCUGGCUGGCUGGCUAGCUGUGAAUUUUGGCUUCGUUCUGAACAGAGUACGUAGUGCCAGGAGGAUUCAGUACAGUAGUAGAGUAGGCGUAGGAAGAGGAGCUUUGGUGAAGCUGGAAUUUGGGAGCUAGCUUGUACCUGAGUUUGUUCGAUUGUACAGUCUUCUUUUCGAUGAAAUCGAUGAACAACCAAAAAAAUUUCGCGUGUACUGUGUGUAAUAGUAUCCUUGUUCAGAUGAAAAUUGAACCCCAGAAAAAUUUCUGUGAAUUUGCAGUUCACCCGUGCUAUUGUUUUGCGUUG